GCCCCGCGGCGGGCGAGGCCGUUGGGGCGCCGCGCACGCGCGCGAGGCCUCGGGCGCCCGUUGGCGUUACCGGGGCGGGAAAGGAGCAGGAAAAGGGGGGGCGGGGGGGACCCCCGGAAUCCGCCUCCAUCCGCCGCCCGCCGCCCCCGCCCGCGCCCCCCGCGCCCGCCCCCGGCCGCAGCGGAGCCCGCCCGUGGCGGACAGGAGGGCCGGUGCCGCCGAUGCGCCCGCAGCGCGAUGAGCGAUCGCCCGGCGGCGCGGGGCAGGGACGGGCGGCGCUUCGCCUGCCUCAGCCUCUGUGAGAGCUACCGCGGCCGGGCGCUGGAGCCCCCCCGCGCCGCCGCCGCCCCCCGCCAUGGGCUGCAGAGCCUGGGGAAGGUGGCGGCGCGGCGGAUGCCCCCCCCCGCCAACCUGCCCAGCCUGAAGGCGGAGAACAAAGGCAACGACCCCCACGUCUCGCUGGUGCCCCGCGACGGCUCGGGAUGGGCCAGCCGCCAGGAGCCCCCCGACCCGCGGAGUUCCGAGCCCUCGGCCGCUCCCCCGCCGCAGUCGCCGUCGCCGCCGGCUUCGCAGACGUCCGCCGCCGGCAGCCAAGCGAAGCGAGCCCCGCCGCUCCCCGAGAACCCCCCCGCCCCGGCAAGCGCGGCAAAGUCCUGGGCGCAGGCCAGCGGUACCCCCCGGCGAUGGCGGGAAGGGCCCGAUCCUGCCGGCGCGAUUCUCGCGGGAGGAGUUUCCCACCCUGCAGGCGGCCGGAGACCCGGAGAGGGGCGGGCCGCGAGCGGGACGGUGCCGACGCGUCGUCUGGGCCCGCACCGAGCCCCCGCCCCGCCGGCGGCAGCUGGCGGGACGGCGGGGGGCCGAGGGGCCGAGGAUCCGCCGCCCGAGGGGGGGGGGGGCGCCCCCCGCCGGGACCCCCCCCUUCCCCCCGUACCGGGGAUGAUGCCGCCCUUCAUGUACCCCCCGUACCUGCCCUUCCCGCCGCCCUACGGGGGUCCCUAUCGCUACCCGGAGGCCCAGAGGUUUCCGCGGCUGGGGGGGCCCCGCGGCCCCCAGCCCCCCUCGCGCGGGGCCGAGCCCCCCGCCCGCCCCCCCGUGCUCAAGCAGGACGACCUCAAGGAGUUCGAUGAGUUGGACCAGGAGAACGACGAGGGCUGGGCCGGGGCGCACGAGGAGGUCGAUUACACGGAGAAGCUCAAGUUCAGCGACGAGGAGGACGGGCGGGACUCGGACGAGGAGGGGCCCGAGGGGGGGAAGGAGAGCGAAGCGUCACCCCCCGGCGACCCCAAGAAACCCCCCAAGGAGGAGCCGCCGCCGCCCCCCAAAUCCUCCCCCCCAGAGGGGCCCAAAGAGCCGCCGCCGCCCCCCGGCCCGGCCCCCCAACCCCGCCCGCCACCGCCGCCCCCCAACCGCGGCAGCUGGGCUCAGCCCAAUGAGUUCCCGGACGAGGACGAGGCCUGGCGGCAGCGGCGGCGGCAGUCGUCGUCGGCCAUCUCGGCGGCGGUGGAGCGGGCGCGGCGGCGGCGCGAGGCCGAGGAGCGGCGCAUGCAGGAGGAGCGCCGCGCCGCCUGCGCCGAGAAGCUCAAGCGCCUGGACGAGCGCUUCGGGGCGCCCGAGCGCCGGCCCCGCCGCGACGCCCCCGCCCCGGCGCGGCCCCCCCAGCCCCCGCCGCCCCCCACCCCGCCCCCGCCGCCGCCGCCCCCCACCGCGGCCACGCCCGAGCCCCCGGCCCCGCCCCCCGAGGCGACGCCCCGCCACGACGAGCCCGGCACCGGCGCGGCCGGAGCAGCCCAGAGCGCGGCGGGUGAGGGGCUGCCCACGGAUGGGGGACGGGGGGAUCGGAGCCGCUGCCGCCGCCCCCCGAGGCGCCCCCGGAGCCUCCCGAGGAGCCGCCCCCGCCGCCCCCCGCCCCCCCCGGCCGCCGCCGCCCCCCCGAAGGGGGAGCCCAAGGGGGGGGAGGGGGCGCCGCCCCCCCGCCAGCCCCCCCCGGCCCAGCCCCUCUCGUACCCCAAGUACCAGAAGUCGCUGCCCCCCCGGUUCCAGCGCCAGCAGCAGGAGCAGCUGCUCAAGCAGCAGCAGCAGUGGCAGCAGCAGCACGGGCCCCCCCCGGCGCCCCCCGCCCCUCCCCCCAGCCUGGGGGCCCUGGGGGCAGGGGUGCACCCCCCCGGCGCCGCCCCCCCGCCCGCCGCCGCCCCCCCGCCGCCGCCCGGCCCCCCCAAGGCGCUCUUCGCCGGCUCCAUGGCGCCCCCGCCCCUGCCCCAGAUGAACUUCGACCCCCGCUGGAUGAUGAUCCCCCCGUACAUGGACCCCCGCAUGAUGCAGGGCCGGCCCCCCCCUGUCGACUUCUACCCCCCCGGCGUCCACCCCUCCGGUAAGGGGGGGGGCUGGGCCCCUGGGGGGCUUGUGACCCACCUAGUGGAUGAGGGAAGGGCCGUGGAUGUUAGCUACCUGUACUUCAGUAAAGCCUUUGACACUGUCUCCCACAGCAUUAUCCUGGAGAAGCUGGUGGUUCCUAGCUUGGACAGGUGUACUCCUUGA